AGUGCAAAAAUAUGGACCGAUUUCCGUGCAUACUUAGUGCAAUUUAGCAGUUGAAUCUCUCUGCAAGUGAUUGAGCUAGAAGUUUACGGCCCGGGAUCUCCCUAUUGGACAAUAAAUGGUUCCGAUUGUUAGUGGAAAAUUGGGUAUCCAGUCUUUUUUUGUGUGAAUAAGUAGCACCGAAGCACGGAAAGGAAAAGUGAAAUUCAGCGCAGUGUCUUCCUGCUGGUAUCGAUUUGUGUUUGUUUUAAUUUUUCGGACCGCGUCCCGUGUUUUGAGUUGUUAAAAAAGUGUGAAAGGAUAGCUUUAUUUCUUUAAUUUCAUUCAAAUUGUAAGGUGAAGUGGCCGCCCUGAGACCUUAACUACAGAAGCAAUGAGUUGAGUUCGAGAAGGCGCCCCAUUUCGCCUUGAGCAGCGCGAGAGUUGCGGAGUCCCUCAAAAUAGGCGCAGAGCGCAGACACCAAGAAAAUGACGAAGUCGGCACAGCAACAGUCAUCGUCGUCUGGUGCCACGGAUCAGCCUAUUCCGGUAUCCGAUCUGAAUGACGAUCAAGAAUCGUCUCCCCAAGCCAGUUCGACGCCAGCGAAGUUGGCAGCAGCAGCAGCAACAACAACAACAACUGGAAAACGACACCAGCAGCAACAACAACCUCAAAUGAAUCGGAGGACCUCAACCCGUUUGACCUCAAUUCGAAAUGAUAGUUUGUCUUCUUCCUCUUCGUCGUCGUCUUCAUCAUCGUCGCUAUCUUCCGUUGGAGAUUUAGACUUGGUGACAGACAGUAAGCCAACAAAUUCCGAGGAUGUAUUCAAAGUGCCAUCAACAACGUCCGCUGCUGGUUCAGGGCCAGCGGAGGAACAACAGUUGGAAACUGGAGUUAUUUGUCGAUUACCACUGGAUCGUUUACAAGCUAUCCUUGGGGUCCUAAAUAUUUUGAAGAGCCCCUCGGAUGGCGAGCAAGGUGCAAGCUGUUCCAGUCCAAGUCCCACAUAUAAACUACUGUGUCUUUACUGCGACCGAACAUUCACUAGCCAAUCCCUGAUGGCUAAACAUACGGAUCGAGUGCAUCGAAUAUCAAAAGAACGUCGGAGUAGCAGUCGAGUUAUUCCUAUGGUGAGUGACGGAGCGUUUCCCAACUGCAGCUAUUGUAACAAAGGUAAAGUGGCAACGGCUUCGGAAGAUCUUCCGCAACUUUUCAAACACCUGAUAGACCAGCAUUCGGAUCGAUAUUUUGCUUGCGACUUAUGUGGUAUCCGAUUUGCAAGCGAAGAAUCUCGUGAAGCUCACAUAGAAACGCUUCAUCCGCCGAGCAAUCAUUUGGAGAAUCGCACUCGACCCAAAUCGAAAGCUGCCCUUAAAAGUUUCAACGUGAAAUCGACAAAAAGUUGUGAAAUCGUAACCACUCCGCUUACAAUUCAAGUCGAUUUCGACACUGAAGCAAUGAAGAAUCUCACCAUCGAAAAUAUUGACGCCGUUGAUUCUCUUUCCGCUGCCCUCGGACUUGUCAGCAGCACCUCAACCGGUAGCACUCGAUUACGUAGUUCGGGCCGAACAUCAGCUACCCGGUCGACUAGUUCCAUCGGUGCUGGCAAAUCGAAGUUCGUCAAGAAAACGGACAAAAUGUUGAUGCGAUCCUCAGAGCCAAUGCUGUCACGGUUGGGGAUCGCUCAGCACCGAACGUCACAGCUAGGUCGUAAGGCUAUCAAUACGAAAACGCGCCGGAAAGCAGUAACAACCGACAGUGCGAGCUGUUCGUCUUCUCUUUCCGGAACGUCAUCCUCUCAACCGGACAAUCACUACAACAAAAUCACCAAACUAAAGACUAUCCGUUCAACUCUGAAUAAUCCUAGCGGAAGUUCCGAAACCGAUUUCGUGGUAUCACGAGGAAAGAACGAUAUCGUGAGUACUUUCGAUGAGGAUUUCUAUGAAAACGUAAAUCAAAACGUCCGCUUGAACCUUAGCUGCCAUUUGGACGGUAAACUAGAAGCGUCAACGCCGAAUGCUCCGUCACCGGUCAGCCCGGUGGUGGCUGUUCCAGCGAUUCGAUCUACCGUCGUUAAGAGUCCCCUUCAAUCAGAGAGUAAAAUUCAUGAAGCUACCAAUCUGCCGGCACUAACCGUCUUUCCAACGUUGUUAACUGUUGAGCAGUACGGUACGGACCUGCUGCCUGUGUCCAAGAUUAAAAAACCAAUCACCAAAAACUCCUGGAAGUGGAAGUGGGACUUUGUCAAGAAGUAUAAGUACGUAAAUGAAAACGGUAAAAUCGUGAAAAAAAUCAAACAACCUACGCUCGGCCUGCGAGAUCUAUCCAAGCUAGACAUGUGGACACAGCUUACCAUGCGAACUAAGCACGAGUUGAUCCGCAAUCGUCGAAAUCUCUAUCAGGCAGAAGUUGGCGAUAAUCUCCGCCAGGAGCAACGCAAGCAAGUCAAUGAACUGAAUCAAAUACUAGACACCCGAGUGCUACCCCAAAUAACACUCGAACAACACGAUCAAAGUAUUAUAAAAUUAGAAUCAGACACACUGAAUGACGGCGAUGGUGCCAGCGACCAGCUGCCAGAGUGGGAACUAGAAUCCAAUGCAGUGUCAGAGGAAUUCAUCAGUAGUCUGCAACUCCUAAAGCUGCCGAAUUUUGGUCGCCGUCAGCAGGUUAUACUCAGUGGAGAAUGGGCUCGCCCUCGGUGUUAUAUCUGCUACUGUUGCGGCGAUAAAUUUAGUUCUCUCAAACAAGUAGAAGAGCACAAGACUUUCCGUCAUCCGUACGUCUAUUCCACUUACUACGAAAUAGUUGGCCGCGAACUGAUUGAGAAGCAGCUGUUCAAGCACUUCUUCAUACCAUUAUCGGCCUUGACGAUGCAUCGUAUCCACUAUGCCCGUUUGUCCAACUACCCUCAAACAAGCUUCGAUCAACGGCGAACACCGGCUCGACAACCAUCCUCAGAAUCAGCAGCAACGAUAACCGAGAUCAAGAGCGAGGACUCGUCCUCCAACGAAGCAACGUCGUUUUCGACGGCGACCUCCUCGUCGUCACUUUUAUCACUCUCAGCACAAACUGCCAGCAGUAGUCUUUCUUCCUGUUCUUCGCGAUCAGCCCUGAACAUGCUUCUCUCCGCUGGUCAAGAUUAUACUACCUCUUUCACCAACUAUCCAUCGGAACCGGGACCGUUACAGUGCUCCAAGUGUCAAAAGGAGUGCGUCAACAUUUUGGUUCUGUACGCGCACAUUCUCAACUGCACCAACGACUACAUUUGGCUGCAGGCCAAGAAGCGGAUGAAGUAUCGCCGUGCCAACCGGCGUCGUAAGGGAUGCAGUCGGGCGGCGCUGGCUGCCCGCAAGGCCGCCAUGACGAGCGCUGCCCAGUCGGCAGUGGAGAAGUCCGAAACGGCCAGCAAUCAUUCCGGCGGCGCCGAUGCAGAAAGCAGCAGCAGCACCAGCGGUUCGGAAACAAAGAAGAAACCGAAAUCUCCACCGAGACCACGCGAGAAGGACAGUGACAUUGUGAAGCGGCUCACGGCGAACCUGCCGGCAAAGCGAAUCUCUCGGCAAAUUCUCCAGAUGACUAAGCAAAUUCGGAAGCGUCCUCAGAUGAGUCUAACGAAAAGCGGUAAGAAGCAAGUUGUCUCCACUUUGGCACCAUCGAAAGCCGGAGUGCCGCGUGGAGCGAGCGCCUCCACGGUUACCAAGCUGCGAAGCGGGAAAGUAUCUUGUGUUCCCAGUACCAGUAAAAAACCACCAACAGGAAAAAGCAAACUGUCCACAAAAGUACCGGCUACCGGUCGGAGCUCGACGCCAAAAGAUGAAGCGGAGAAAGUUCAACAGCCCAAGGAAGUAAAAGAAGUCAAACAAGAAAAAACGGAGGAAAUCAAAAAAGAGCAGACUGAAGACACUAAGGAGGAUGAAAAGAAGGAUGAGAAUCCUCCGAUGGCAGCAAAAAAUAAAAAACCGAUUCCAAGGGGAAAAACUCUUCCGGUACGGGGAAAACACUUCGUUGGCAGAAGAAGCGUGCACUGGAAGAGUAAAAAGAAGGUGUUACCUUUCCGAAAAGGACUGGCAGCUAACAAUCGAAUGUUACGCAGUGGCUCCGUUAGAAUAGCGUCUACUAGAACGAGAAAUAAUUCGAAGGCAGUGUCGUCGUCGUCGUCGUCGUCGCCAGCGAGAAAGGAACUCAAACAAAAGGAAGCUAGUCCGGUCUCCGCUAAGAAAAAUUCAACUAAGAGCAAGGAAAGCAAGAGUCCCGUCAAUGAAGGCAAGAAGAGCGAGCGGAGUUCACCUGUAGCAGAAACUGGAACCGCAGAUGUUAAAGAAAAUGUAGUAGAGAAAAAUGAAGAAGGUGUGGAAAAACCUCCGGAAUUAGACGUUGCAAGCACACAAGAAAAAGAAGAAAAUAAGGUGAGACAAAUUGAUGAACCUUGUAUUGAAAAAGUGCCUGAAAUUAAUAUCAAGAAUCCUGACAAGGAAACAAGUGACGGCCAGCUAAGUAGUGUUGAUCCAAUCGUUUCUGCGGUAACUCCGGUUAAAAAUGUUGAAUCUCCAAAACAAUUAUCCUCGCUGCAAAUGGAACCAGUCGCAGAGGAGACGCCAGAUCAGCCCAUUGUACCGGAGCCAGCUGAGCCUACAACGCCUGUUAAAUCUCCAUCACAGGUAUCAUUGUCAGCUUCCGUCACAUCGACUCCAUCGACACCUUCAUCGCAACAAGCGAACAAGAGAAAACCUAAAAAACUUAACGACUGCAUUGCGAUGCUGACGGGAAAGCUAUCGGAAAAGCUUGGAGUAGAUUUCUUCAAUCAUGUAUCGAUGAAAAAUGCAGAAAAAUGUCAGAAAAAGACUUCUCCAACAGUCGAAACACGAGCUUCAAAGCAAGCACUGUUCACAUCACCGAAUCUGAUCUCUGUUCCGCCCCAAACGCUGGCAGUAUUACCCUUGCAAAUACCUCCUCCGCAGGUGGCACCACUUCCGCUGGUAACGAAUACGCGUCACUCGCCGGCACCACCGAAACCAGUAAUGCUCUCACCCGUUGCUCCGAUCGUGACACCAAUGGAAGACAUUUCCGACGAGCCUUUAAAUUUAUCUAAAAACAGUCCUAUUGGUCGAAGUAUGCCACCCCGGACGCGAGAUGUGUACAAUCAUCAGAAGCAGCAUCUCUCGCCGCCGCCUCGAUCACCCACAGCGCCAGCACAUUCACCGCAUCACCUGCCUCCACCGUUAACGCAUCAUCAAUCACCACAAACGCAACACCAGCACCAUCAUCCGCAGCCGCAGUAUCAGCAGCCAGGGCCAUCGGCCCCCAAUAGAAAUCUUCCGUCGAUUAAGCUUCCACCAGGACUUAUAAUUGAACGAGUCGAGUACAAAUCAAGACCAGUAAUUUCCAAGGAAGCUCCAUCCGUUACUAUCGUUGCCCGUCGGCAGCCCCCUCCCUCGAUAGAGAAUCGAUCAACAAUGCCCCCCGUAACGCCUCCAGUCGAAUCCUCACCACCGCCUUCACUGCCGUCGCCAGUUCGAAAGCACCACAGCACCCAACAGCAGCAGCAGUACGGCGAUCCUAGGAAAAGUACGCCUACAGUUCAACAACAUCCAUCGGUAAAAUUGCCCAUUCCUCAGCAGCUUCCUCCACAGCCUUCCAUUGCGUCAACUUUGAGGCAGGAAAGGCCGUUGGAGAAUCGCAUUUCCGUUACUAUAACAGAAGCAAAGAGUCAUCAGAGUCCCAUCAGCAAACAACCUCCGGUUACACUCAACAUUCCGGAACGUCCACCAGUUAUCGAUAGAAACCCUCCGCUAUCGUUGAACCCAGCUCAGCUUAUCAUACCGACUGUCUCUAGUUCUGUGGUUCCGACUGUUCAAUCUCAACUGACAACCACCACUCCAACAACUACAAGUACAAGCAAGCGCAAUCGUCGCAAGAGCCUCUUCAUUUCACCACCGACAAUGAGCGACCCGUCAUCAGCUGCUCCAACUCCGGUUGCAUCCAUGGUGCCACCGGCUCCCUUUCUUCCACUUCCAUUUCUUUCGCAUUCACUCCUUGCUGCCCCACCACUGGGGCUGGAUCUGCAACGUCUAGCAGCCGUUGGACUGCCACCGCAUUUGAAGCCUCCCGUUAUCCCGCCACUGACGAUACCAUCUCCGUCGGUAUCUUCGUCUGCGGCAGCCGCCGCCUUGCUGGAAAAAAUUUUGCUGCCCAAUCGAGACGUUAUUGUGAAGCAAAUUGAAAACGCAGCAGCAGCGGCCGCACAAUCCCGAUCUGCGCAGCAAUCGCCGAAAAAGGCACCGGAAGAAAUCGUUCCGGUGAUCGAAGUGCAGGUAGUUCCAUCGCCCACCAAACCAACUGAACUAUGUCCACCGCCGGUGGAGAAGAAAAGUCGUUCCCGAGCGAGAACAUCUCGGGCCAAAGCACAAAUAUUCACCGUUCCCGAGAAGCCCCAGCCACCCCGACAAGCUAGUCCCGAUGCAAUCAAUGCACCAUUUGAACCGGAAGUUAUUCUUCAAGUUUUUCCAAUUGAACCUACUCCAUCACAGCCCACAGUGCUUGAAAGCGUUGAACCACCCGCCGAGCAACCAUCGCCGAAAACGGAUUCGGCAACGAUACCGGAAUUACCGCUUGAAAAGCCGCCAGAGCAAACCACCGAAGAGACAACGGCUUCGGUAGCGGAACCGGAACCAAAGGGCACCGAGGUCGAGCUAGAGUCGCUGAAAAGCAGUUCCGAUACGCCCACCAGCGCCGGCAGCAACAGUGGGAAAACCGUUCGGAAACGACGAAAGAACGAGCUUGCUUCCAUCCUUUCGGAUCAACUGCUGGAAAGUUUCAAAGAAGUCGAUCAAUCGGCCCUGCAGGAUCUGAAAAUGAUGCACGAUAUGUCCUGCGAGAAGCCGGACGUUAAGUUUUCGUUGGAGCAAAUCCCCCAGCUAGCGAAGCGUAAGGUGCUUCCCCGCCAUCCGGACUUGCUGGCGAGAAAUUCACCGACAGUGUCCAGCAGCAGUAGCGGCAGCAGCAGCGGAAAGAAGACUCCGGCUAAAAAGAUUGCCAAAGAAUCUGCGCGAGAGCAAACGGUUGCUGUUGAGGAAGUUAAGGAAGGGGAAGCCGGGAAAAUGAACGAAGAAUCCACGCAGAAUGUCCCGGUGUUGCCGGAGGAAAGUUCUAAAGCAGUUGAACGGGUAGCGGAAGUAGUUGCAGAAAAUGUAAUUGUUCCGGCCGAACAAAAUGAUAAACCAAUAAAUGUUGAAACGAAGCCCGUGGAUGACGGUGUUAAGGAGCAAACUGCGACGGAAACAACCAUUCCCGAAGAACAGGCUGCAGAGAAGCAGAAGAAAAAGAGUGGAAAGAAGCCUACCGGUAAAGAAGUGGCUAACGAAGACCCACCCGAAAAGAAGGUUCCCGAGAAGGCACCUACUCCAGCACCAGCACCGCCAGUAAAACAACCGCCGGCGAAGCGGCGGACGCGUAAGCUUUCCAUCGACAUCGAUCGGCUGGCAGGACUUGAACGAAAGGGUCGACAGAAGCAGCAGUACUUAAACCAUCUGGCCAACGUUGACUCUGUCGAGAAAUCAGUGACCACUAAAAAAGGUAAAGGUACCGGUAAAAAGACUGCUGAAGGUAAAAAAUCCCAGAAUAACGCAGAUUUUCCCAAGCCGACUACGGAAGAGGUUACUGUUGAGCCCAAAGAGAAAUCCUCCGAGGAGAAAACUGAUGAAACACAGUCAAAGGAACAAACGAAGAAAAAAUCGACGGCUAAAUCUCGAUCGAAAACGCCCUUCCCUUAUCCCCAACAACAGAAGGCGAAAAAGACUGAUUUGGAUCGCUUGAAAGAUACGUUGAACAUCGAGACACCCGCCCAGUCCAAACCAGCCAGCAAGAAGAAGGGUUCAACUCCAGCUAAACCCUUGAACGACGAACCUACCGCUAGCGUUCCCGCAGCGGUUCCCCAAGAGGAGAUUACUCCGCAAACCGCAGAAAAGCGACCUACGAAACGGAAGGCUGGUAGCGGAAAAGCAACCAACGACGAUAGUCUCUCGAAUGACAGCGGUGGCAGUACACCAUCGCCAAGUAAGAAACCGAAAGAGGAGGCAAAACCAGAGCCUGCAAAGACUCCGAAACGGUCGCAAACUCCGGCGAUAGCCGCCGAAGUACAAUCGAAGCCGAGAACUCCAUCGCCAGCUGUCGCUCCUAAAGCGCCGAAAGCAAAACCAACCCCACCAGCACCGCCGAAGCGAAUAAUGGCCCGCCGGUCGUCCGUGUUUGUCGACAAGAAUUUGGCCCAAUACAUGGAGGAAAAAGAUGCCGAGCAGGAACGGCUCCUGGCGGCCAGUAGCUUCAAGGACGACUUAAUACUGACCUCUCGGCGGGGCACCCGUAGUCAGGGGGGAGUUGAUUUUAGCCUGGUGGCCAGCUUUGCCGAAGCCGCAAUGAAACCCCGAGACCCGAGGCGGAAAUCUGCGGCGGCCGUAGCUGCCGCAGCCGCCGCUGCCAAGCGUGCGGAAGAAGAGCGCCGGCUGGCGGAAGAAAAUCGAAAACAGCGGGAGGAAAAGGAAAAGAUACUACGAGAGGCGGAACGAGAACGGUUGCAGCGGGAAGAAGAAAACCGGAAGGUUAUGGUUGCUGCGCAACCUUUGCGGAGGAUUAGUGCGCGGCGAGCGUCCGUCUAUGCUGCCAUUCAACCGGAGGAGGAAUCGCAACCAAAAGCGGUGGAAGAAAGUCUGGCGGAUAUCGGUAAAGCUACUAAGCGCCAGUACCGACGACGGGCAUCCGUCUAUCAAGCGGUGUCUUUCCUGGAUGAGGAGGAGCAGCAGCAAAAAGAACUUGAAGACAAGCCUAAAGUGACACGUUCAAAAACACCCGGUCCAAGCGAUGUGUGGGAACAUGAUCUGAAGUCGGUCGGUCGGAGACGCAACCAGAGCGUGUUCAAUGGAACGCCGGAGCCUACCAUAGAGUCCCUGUUAGAGCCUCUACCGACGGCAACAACCGGCACAAAGCGCAGAACCAAAAAUAGUCAACUAGCGGAGAAUCUCUCCAAGCUGUUCAACAUCGAAGAGGAGAUUCAGCUUAUCGACCGAAGCCGGCGGAAACCUCGUAAGAGUAAUACACCAAUUGCGUUCGAGUCUGCGGCGGCCAGUUCUACGCCGGUCAAGGAAACGCCCGCUAAAGAAACAAAGAAAAUCGAUGAGUUGGUUAAGGUGGUCGAAAACGAGGUAGCUAAGGCCAGUAUUGCGCCAAAACCUCGCGAAUCUUUGUCGUUCUCGAAUGACGACGAAGACGAAUCGCCAAAGCUGAACAAGCUCGUACAGGAUAUUAUCAACAAAUCCGACUCGGAAUCCGAUUCGGAAGAUGAUAAUAUGUCUUUGGCAUGUUUUGUUCGUCGAGAUGAUAGUUUCCUAAGGCCAGCGACGGGUCAAGCGUCCUCGGUCAAUGAUUCGCUGGAUGCCACUGCAGAAGACGAAAGCAAUAGUGCGAUCGAUGAUGAUGCGAGCGUAACAACCGAAGGACCGCUCUUCGGUGGUAGUAUUAAGAAGCGCAAACGCAGAAAGUCAAUUUGUGUUACAAAACUACGUCGGCCAAAGCCGCCAGUGGACGAAACAAAACCCGUGGUUACGUUCAAUUGCGAUCUGUGUAAGAAAGUUUUCAAAAAACAAGACGCCUACAACAAGCAUCGCAUGACACUGUCGCACAUUGCAAAGCUAUCGGAACAGGAAUAUCUGGAGGCACAGCGGAAGGAACAAGAACUGACGGCUGCAACGAAACCAAAUGCUCCAAGUCCGAGUGCAAACGAGGAUGUGUCAGUCGGCGACUCGUCCCCUCCGAAUACCAUCAAGAACCUCAGCCAGGAGGAGAAACUGUUCUACGAAUGUUGUUCAAUGCUGAAGGAGAGCAAUGCAGACAACGAAAACAUCAACCUAACGGUGUCGCUUAAGUCGGAUGAAAUGACGGCCAACGCUGGACUGUCGGCUGUUGAUCAAAUCCCUCCGCCCAAAGUUAGUGUUACCUAUCCGACUUCGUUCGUUCCGCUACCGCAACAAAGCAAAACAACGGAAAGCAGCUGCUUCAACAUGGGCGACAGCUUCCCCUCGUUCCCGGACGUAAGUGAAAGUGAAAACUACAUUCAAACAAUUAAUCAACGAAACCUUGGCGAUCAGUAUGUUAAACUGACCACGGUGGAACUCGGACAACAGUCGGCAUCGUCGGAAAACGAAGGCAACCUGUCGCCACACAAUUCGACGAAGUCGACCAGCUCGCAAGCGUCGGUGUUUUCGCAGAAAACUUUCAAAACCAAGGGAGCCCUGAAGGGGUACGACAACUUCAAGGUUUCCAUACCGAUGAGUGGGAUUCAGAUUGCCAAGGAAUCGAAGCUGGACACGUUGGCAGAUGUGGCUUUGUGUGGAGACAUCCCCAAGGAGUUUGAGCUCACCGAUAACGGAGAAGAGAACGAUACAUCGGAGGAAAUUGCUGCUCCAGCUCCCGUUGUGAAAAGAACGGAUUCACCCAAAAAUGGGCUUCAAAGUACUACUGCCCGCUCACGUACUUCAGCUAAGAAGGAACAAGCAGCAGCAGCAGCAGCUGCUGCUGCCACCAACAAACUUGGCUUUAAAGCGAAGAAGAAACCAUCCGCUCCUUCAAGUACUCCAACGCGGUCAACUCCCAAACGGGGUGGAACGCUGAAAAAAUCAGUUUCCAACAAAUUAAGCACCCUCAACGCAUCCGAACGGAACAAACCAGAUCCCGAGGACAUAUACGCAUUUCAGGAGUCUACCCCGGAAGAAACGGCCCCACUAGCGUCGUACUCGUCAAACAAAAAAUCAGCGUCCGGCGGUGGCUUGUCUGCAUCGACUGCCACCAACAAAAGCUCAAACGCAACGGAAAAAUCUGCUAAUUCUACGGUCACUACCACCACUGAUCAGGGCGACGACAGUCAGGUCUCCAGUUUGAGUUUCUCCGAUCGGGAUGAUUUUGUGUACGGGACAAACAAUCUGAGCGAAGAGGACGAAGACGACAAGAGUAGCAGCUACAGCAGUACGCAAACGACACCGAAGAAGCCGAUCAAGGCGGACGUGCAGAAGAAAAGCCUUAUAAUGGGACGAAUUUUCAAGAAAGCAAAAGACAAACUAAAGGACGAAGCUGGCUCGAAGAAAGAACCGUCGCCAACCGAAGGUGCUGUGAAGCCGGUGGCAAAAGACUUCGACAAGCUGUUCGAUACGCUGAAGAAGCUGGAAGUGGAGAAAAAGAGCGAACCGGAAAGCAAUGACACUUCAGCGGAAAGUAACGAACUUGACGCUAGCUCAGUGGAUCCCAAGUUGCUUGAGGAGUACGAAGACGAGAAAGGUGAGCGGAAACUUCGUAGACGAAGUAUUCAAAAGAAACUGACCGAAACUUGGGACUCGGAUGAGUAUGAAGAUUUCAACCUAAGCGACGCUGUUGGUUUAGUCAAGAAGAAGGGCGACAAAGGAACGGCGAAGGCACCCGAUGCCAAGACGUUAGAACUUUCGGAUUCAGCGACAGAAAAGUCGGGAGAAUCUGCACUUAAAAACGCCAGUCAGUCAGUCAAAGCGGAAACCGAAGCGAAAGCGAAGGCUGCAGUAACUCAGGAUGCUAAAAAACCAAUCGUUACGGACGAAACGAUCCGGCAAGUAAUGGAAAGUGUUAUUAUGGAAGUGUCGAUGAGUAAAAACCAUCGCACGAGAGAUAAUAAACGGCGCAGUAAAGGCGGCAAGGCCGCCAAGAACUCUGCGGAGGAUAGUGAGCCGCCAGCGAAGACAGAAACUGAAGACGGUGGUCGAGACUUGUCUGCUGCUUUGGACGAACACGUCCUGGAGUCCAGCGUAGUGAUCUCUUCAAAGACCAUUACAACUAAGUUCAAACAAAAGCUAAACCUAGCGCAGACAGGCAAGCAACAGCAGCAAAAGCAAAAACAGGACAAGCAGCAGCAGGUGGUUGGGGAGGAAUCGAAAAAGUCAACAACCAGCAAAUCCUCCAAUAACAACAAUAACACUCAAACCCAGAAAGCGUCAAAAGCAGCGGCUUCUAAGGCUUCGAAAGAACCAACCGAGCCGCCGUCGGCGGCAGCAACCAAAAGCUCCAACGCCACCAACAACAGUUCCAAGUUGAAACAACGAAAAGGACCACCGAAAAAAAUGAAAAACGUAGCAUACGAUCCGGACAGCGACUUCGAGGAUAACAUCAAGUGCAAGAAGGUUAAGAAAAAGUUGUUGGAAAGCGAUAUCGAAGCGAACCUUAAGAUCGAACAGCUGAAUGCUACGCUCAGCGACAGCAUCCUGAUGCCGGCACCACGCCGUAAACGCAAUGCUGCCGAAACCCUCUACUUCUGGUCAUCAUCCUCAUCGUCGUCGUCGGCUUCGGCCAGUGACGAUGACGAUGAUUCGGCGGGCGAUUACGCGCAAGCUCCCGCCAGCAAAAACAAAAAGCAGAAGAAAAAAGCCACCCCAACAAAGCCGAAGCAGGCGGCCGGAGCCGCCGGCGGAGGUCACCAAAAGUCUAAGCCAAAAUCGAAACAGCAACAGCAGCAGCAACAACAACAAUCGGCACAGCAGCAGCAACAACAGUUGGAAUCUUCUCAACAGCAGCAGCACCAGCAGCAGCAGCAACAACAGCACCAGCAAAAGCAACAGACCGGCACCGCAACAGUGGAAACCGGUGCUGGAGAUGACACCAGCAGCAGUAGCGAACACAUGCAACAGCACGGCUGGAUCGUGGGCGAUUCGCAUAAAAAGCUAGUGACGCUACUGGCGCACGCCAAGGGCAAGCAGGACAACCGACCGGUCAAAGCGACGGGCAACCGGCGGAAGACGUAAGUAGCGUUAGACGUAGGAAGGGAAUUGUAUAUAAGUGAAUGAUUGGGAAAGUGAGUAGGAAAUGGGGAGUACUAUACGGUGUUACUGAUCGUAAGAUUGACCGGUCCAGUGAAGCUUAGUUUCAGCGUUUCGUCGGGUGACCUGUGUUUCUUUUUUCCCGUCUAUUUUUUUUUAUUUUUGACAGUUUAUUGACUUUUUCCAACAGGGUUUCGCCAAUUUUCUGUAAACAAAAACCUAUUGAAAUUUCACUAUUAUUAGGCUUUUUUUUUGGCAACAAAGAAACUUGUUUGAUGGAAAUUACUAGCGAGUGAUAGAGAAGAAAAAGAAACUGUAAAAAUACUUGUUGACGAGUACGGAACGGGUUGAGUAAAAUUCUGUAAAUGCGUCAGUAGCACAGAUCGUGAAGCACCAAAUAAGCUUUUUUGUGUUUUGGGCAAGCAUGUGAGAUUUCGUGAUGAUAGUCCCGUUCCUGUCCACGUUUGACUGAAUCGUACGCCGCCUUAAAGUCCACUAGCAGAUGAUGAGUCUGCAAGCUGUACUCCCAGAACUUUUCUAGUGACUGACCCAGGGUAAACAUCUGAUCCGUCCUGGCGCAACCGUCACCAAAACCAGUUUGGUGCUCGCUGACGAAGGACUCCGCUAACGUCUCAGCGUUUAGAACGGAAUACGGGAAAGAACCUUAUAUGUAGAAUUGAGUAUUGUUUUUACUCUCGUGGCGAUGUCCUUUUUUAAAAAGGUAUUCGAUAAUCAGGCGCAAAUCUUACACACGAGAUACCUACUGGUCAGAGUCGGUAUUUGAAGCAUUCAGACGAUGGCCAUUCUUCUGGCUGCGGCGAAAUUUAUGAGCCUCAGACGGUUAUCAUUGGCCGACAGAUAAAGGCUAUGUCUUCCAAUGACAGGACGGAAGAAUUCCUCCUCCCGAUCUGCGCAUUAGGAUCUCCGAUAAUAAUUUCCACGUCAUGUUUUAGGCACUCUCGAGUCUACCAUAGAACUCGUGCUUAGCAUCAGCGGCUUUAUCAUUUGUCAGUGCGUAUACAUUGAUUAGGCUUUAGUUGGAGAAUUUGCCCUUAAUUGUCAUCACACAUAUACGAUCAUCUUUGGGCCUCCAACGGAUAACUCGUUGCUUUUGCUUUCCCAACACUACGAAACCGGUUCAAUGUCCUGUCUUUUUACCGCCACUGUAGUAUAGAUAUAUUGGUACUUGAAAAAAGUGCCUGCAAUGAAGUCUACUGCGCGGAACUCCCUUUCUUCGGAAUUUGGCCAUGAAACUUGCUGAAGAGCAGCGAUCUCCAUUACUAGUCGUAGUCCGUCUUACCAAUCGUAAUCCAUUAAUAGUUUCCUUGUUCUUUGCCGUGUCAUAUGCCGAUUGAUCUGUUCCGUAUUUUCAUUUUUGUUUUCCGUGGUAAAUGAAGGUUACGGUAUACUACCUUACUGGGGUCGCGAUACCUACAUCUUGCCUGGUCUGCCAGCGUAGGUAUAGCUUGCGGGAUACAGCGCUUCAUAUUCAGUCGCUCACUCUGAAACAGACGCUUUUUGAGCCGCGCCUCAUCUGAGGAACGCUCCUUCCAGGUAACUCUCACCGUCUGGAAAAUCGCUCGUAUUCCAAUCGCAAAAACUGAUAAUCCUGAGAAGCUGAUUGUUAUACAAUGAGCAUAAUUUCUGCCCUAUCCAAAAUCUUCGAGGGGCUAAUUACUAUUCAACUGAAUGACUUCUUCUUCUUCAGCAUAGAGCCGGGGUGGCUCGUGCUGUUUCAAGUUCUCGUCUCCAUUCAACA